AAGUAAUAGUUGUCAUUUCGAUCAGUCAUGGAGAAAUUUUGAAAUAUGUUUUAGUUAAAACUGUAAUACUUAAUACAAAAAAUAUAUAAUUCUGGCAAGAAUAAAAUGUUAUUUCGCGCAAAAUGUGUAACAUAUAACCUUGUUAAGUUUUAUCUUGGCAAGGUCAAUGGAUCCAGAAGAUACAGCAUGUGCUGCCCGCCUCGGCCUCCACCGGGACAAUGUGGGUGUCCGUCACAAGUGCCAGGGGGCGGUCGAGGCAUUGUGCCCCCGGCGAACUGCAGGCCCGGCCCCAUAGCUGCCAAUCCCUGCAUGCCCCAACAUUACCACGGCAAAGACACUUGGAAAAAAUACAAGUAUAUUGCUUUGUUCGUUUGCUUGCCGCUUAUCAUAGUACAAGGACUGCGCGUCUUGAACAAUGAACCACAUCAGAAAGACGUUUGUCGUGAUUAUGAAUACAUGCGAAUACGUACAAAAAGGUUCCCGUGGGGUACUGGCGAGAAAACAUUUUUCCAUAACGACCUCGUAAAUCAUUUGCCUGGUGAUUGCGAGCCUCCGCCUCUAGACUGCGAUUAGAAUUAAACAUACUCUAUAUAUAAAUUAGACGUAACCUGGACUGUUUGUUUUGUCAUAUUUUAUAAAAUAAAGUG